AUGAAGCCGCAGCACGCUGCCCGUUUGUCCCUCGCUAAGGGAGUGACCCGCGCCUCGUCGCCCUCCGCUUCCGUCCUCGGAUCGAAGAGCUACUCGUCGUGGACCGCCACUUCCAGCUUGAAGCAGGCCCAUAGCUCUGUGCCCCAGACCUGGGAGGCCACUCCUCAGACCCUCGACAAUGUUCAGACCACCACGCUCGACAGCGGUCUGAAGGUCACCACCGUCAGCUCUGAGCUGCCGCUCGCCGCCGUGGGCCUGCACGUCAAGGCCGGCGCCCGCUUCGAGACCGGUGAGUCUCGCGGUGCCGCUCACUUCCUCAGGCACCUUGCCUUCUCGCGCACGAGCAGCAGGAGCCCGCUUACCGUCACCAGGGAGAUGGAGGUGGCCACUGCGGCUUUCGAUGUUUCCGCGAGUCGCGAGAACAUCUCGUACUCGGGCCAGCUGAUGCCCGAUUACCUCGAGGAUUACGUGUGGAUGCUCCGCGACCUCAUGCACCCGCUCGCGUGGGAGUACAUUGUGAGGGACGCCGCUCCUCAGGUCGCCGCCGAGGUGCACGAGGCCGAGACCAACCCCGCCACCGCUCUCGUGGAGGCCAUCCACCGUGAGGCCUACAGGGAUGAGGGUCUGGGUAACUCCAUCUACUGCCCCAACUACAGAGUGGGCGCCGUCACCAGGGAGGCCAUCAUCAGGUACCACCACGAGCGGUACCAGGCCUCCAACGUCGCCCUUGUCGGCUACGGCAUCAAGCACGAGCAGCUCGUUGCCCAAGCCAACAAGUACUUCCCCGCCGACGCCUUCGCCGAGGACAAGGCCCCGUGGACCACCCUCGAGGCUGCCGACCGCAAGCCCGGCGCCGUCUACACCGCCGCCUCGUCCUACACCGGUGGCGAGCUCCGCCUCCCCGGUCCCGGCAACUCCCGCGUCGCGCUCGCCUUCGAGGGCGCCAGCCUGGCCGACCCCGACGUGUUCGCCGUGCGCACCCUGAGCUCGCUCCUCGGCGGCGCUGCCCGCUUCACCCGCGAUGGUCCCGGCGUCGGCCUGCGCUCUCGCCUCGCCCGCAACGUGCUCGCCAAGGGCGACUACGUGCUCGCCUCCUCCGCCCUCAACGCCUCCUACAGCGACUCUGGUCUCUUCGGCGUCUUUGUGGAGGCCCUCCCCGGCCACGGCGCCGAUGCCGCCCGCCUGCUCAGCGCCGAACUCAACAGCCUCGCCGGCAGCUUCUCCGUCGACGACGCCGAGCUCACCAGGGCCAAGAACCAGGCCAAGGCCUCCUUCUUCCGCGAGGUCGAGUCCCGCACCGGCCUCGUCGACUACCUCGCCCGCCACACCCUCGCCGGCACCGCGCCCCUCGCCCCGGCCCAGUACGCCGCCCGCUUCGACGCCGUCACUCGCGACGACCUGGCCCGCGUGGCCCGCCGCGUCUUCUCCUCUCCUCUCACCCUCGUCUCCACCGGCGACAUCCACGGCGUGCCCACCAAGGAGGAGCUCCGCCCCAAGCUCAAAGCCUAA